CGAGACGACUAUGAACACAUAGCCUAAGACUAAAGCAUCAUGUACACGAACUCACCAUCAGUCACCGCGCUGCACAAGCAAGUAGCGGUCGACUACAGAGAGCGGAGUAAGAUGGCUUCUACAGGAGGAAGCCCCUCAAGCUGUGGUUCCUCCCCAGAUGUCACGAUCCAGAGAGGGUUGAUUGAACAGCACCUGCUGGACAAGAAACUGGUCGAAGGGGACUACUGGUACAUCGUUGUCUCCGAAUGGCUGGAGCAACUGAAGAAGUACCUGGGAAUCGCAUCGGCAAGAAAGAUCUAUUGCCCACGCUCUCCACCCGGGCCGAUCCUCACCAAGAAGGAGUUUGCUCACACGGUCGACGUAGUGCACGAAGACGCCUGGCGCUACCUCUAUCAGUGGUAUGGCAUGGCGGAAGGCCACCGACCCAUUAAAAUGGUCGUCUACUCAUACAACAAGACGCCCGGCAUUGAGCAUAAUCAAAACUCCUUCAAGAUGAUGGUUUGUAACGCACCGCCCGAGGAUUUUCAAAUCGUAAGAUUCAGCAAACUUGAAAAGAUCGGCCACUUGGAGUGGAAACUUCGGGAAAUCAACCGAAUCCCGCGAAGUCAGUCCACGCGCUUGUGGGGAAAGUCCGACACGGACGCCGGAUGGAAACCAUUAUUUUCUCGUGAUAAAGUCAUUGGGAAAGUCUUGGAAGUAGAUUCGGAUUUCACGCGCCCAGUCAUCGCCAUGGAGAUUCAAGACGCCAACGACACGUGGACGAAUUGUCCCGAUGGCGUUGAGAAUUUCCAGGAGGAACCAACUGGACCGUUAUACGACCACGAUAUUUUCGAAGACGUUAAAGAAUCGUGGGAGAUGGAUAUCCAUGAACAAAUCGACGGUAUUGGAAGGACGAUCGCAGAGAAACUGCACGGAACGUUUGGAUUUUUUAUGGGACGUGCGAAGGACUACAUCGAUGAAAAAGAGAACAGCCUUCGAGAGCGAGAACGUGAAAUAGGCGAACGAGAAGAUUUUGUUGAAGUUCGAUUACGGAAGAUGGAUGACAAAGAAAAACUUCUCAAUUCCGAGCUACGGGCCUGCCAAAGCCGAGCUGCUGAAAUUGAACGAAUCUAUGACAUCAAAGAGGCCGAACUGGUAAAAAACAUCACAGCCAGAGAGGCAGAAAUUCAACAAAAAAUCGAAGCUCUGGCAAAGGAAAGAGAAUUUUUCGAGCAAGAACGUGAGUUAUUCGAAGAAGAGCUCAAGCGAGUGUCAGAAAUGAACCAAAUGCAGGAAGGUCGAAUCAAAUUGGAUAUAGGCGGUACACAGUUUACUACCUCGUUAAUGACUUUGCAGAAAGAUCCCGACUCCAUGUUGGCAGCCAUGUUUAGUGGACGCCACAAGUUAAAGACUGAAUCUGACGGAAGUUACUUCAUCGACCGGGAUGGAGCUCACUUCCGGUACAUCCUGAACUACCUCCGAGACGGAGGGAUCAAAGAAGGGACAUUACCCAACAGCGACACAUUCAGUCGGGAACUUCAGGCGGAGACCGAGUAUUAUCAGAUCUCCGGACUGUUAGAGUAUCUUGAAGAUCUGGCCAAACCCAAAGAAGCCUUGGAGGCUACAGAAGUGCGGUCAGAAUCCGAGGAUUCAAGAUCAUAAAUUGUGCCGGCUUAUUGCCGUCGGGUGGCAGAGUUAAUCAACAUAUAAAGAUAAAUUGAUUAAAUGGCACCGAGAUAACUUUUUAUCUCAUACUCAGCCGUGCUAAUCAACUCUGUUGCCCGAUGGGGAUAAGCCACAAAAUUGCUUAUAACAAUGCCCCGCUUCUAUACAACUGUGCACUAUAGCGAUACUAGACAGAAAAUCCUGCGCAAAUAUGGUAAUCCCAGUCGGAAGAUGGCCCCACAUUGCCGUGUUUCCAUCCUACAUGCUUUAGACAAAAAUCUUUAUGAAACCUCCAGCGAGAUUUGUCAAGAAAGCCUAUAAAAGCAGAAGCAAAGCAGACCGUGUGUCUUGACAGUUUUUGGCAGGUGACCAAAUUGCAGCAGGCUACAGAGCAGCUGGCAGAUACCAAGCAUAGGACUGGAAUGAAAGAGAAAGCAAAAUGCCGAAUCGGCGCCGCCUGGGUUGGGAGCGUGAGAGAUCUGCCAUAACCAGCGACAAACAGACGCAAGGUACCAUGUGAAGGUACCAACAUGGCUGCUGUGUGAGAGACGAAUAGAUAGGAGUUUGGUUACUUGUCCAAGUCAUGCAUUUUCUCUGAGAAACCUGGAAAUCUCAUAAAGUUGAAAUAGUUUUACAUCCGGAUGUCUAAAGGUAACUUUGUCCGAGAGAUGAAGCUGACUACAUAACAAUAAUUAAGUAUUGUAGUGUUGAGACAGGGCAAUGUAUGUAACGGGACACCCGAUUGGUCUACUUUUGGAUGCAGGUUCAUUACAGACAGCAAUAACCUGACAAAUGGCAACCAGCCAACUUGAAUAUUUUAAAUUUAUUGAACUGAUUGAGAUUAUUUCAUAAUACACAGAACUUUAUGGAAACCAAAAGAGAUGUUAGAACAAAAAUAAAAGUAAAACUUGAUAUUAAUUUUAUAAAAUCGUA